GGCCCGGCGAGGGGUCGGAGCGGCGGCGGCGGCGGCAGCUGUGGGGCGCGGAGCGGAGCUCGCUCGGGAGCCGGCUCCCUCCCCCCGCUCCUUCCCUUCGCUCCCCGCUGCAGCCGCAGCAGGUGGUGCUACGCGGGGACUGUGUCUGAUGGAUCCAACAGAAGCCAAGCUAAUAUGUAAAUAGUGUGUCCUCUUCAUCCUUAGUUUCAAUUAGAAUUACCUUUUAAAAAGUUAUUUUGGAUGGGUGAAUGAAAGGAACAAUUGCCUUAUGGAUUCCUGCCAUGAAAUCAAGGGCCAAUGCUGUACUGAGUGGCUGUGCCAAUGGGGAUAUGCCUACGUAACAAAUAUUGCCAGCAAUUGUACUAAAUACUUCACUGCUGAACCAGUUGCUCAGGUACCCUGCCUGUCUUUGUUGCUAUGGGAGAUUGGAAGACUGUUACUGUGCCAGUGUUGUCAUCAGAUAGCAAAAAUAUUUUUCAGUAUACCUCAGAAAAAAAGAUGUCUCCCCCAAGCUUAAACACACAAGUGCUACGCUUGCCACUGCCUUCAUCCAAAAGCAUGCACACCUUUUUCAGUGCCUUCUGCACAGAAGAGAAUAUUGAACAGAGUAUAUCCUAUCUCAAUAGGGAAUUGACAACGUUGGGCUUUCCUUCUAUUUAUGCAGAGUCCAAAGGAAAAGAGUUAAAUUUAAUAUCUGUCAUAAAUUGUAUGAAUGAAUUGCUUGUACUGCAGCACAAGAACCUUCGAGCUCAGGAAGAAGUAGAAAUGCAGCAUCUGAAACUGGGUAGUGAUAUGGAUCAUUUGCAGAACUGCUAUGCUAAAUUAAAGGAACAGUUGGAAUUAUCUAAAAGGGAAAUAGUUGGACUUCAGGAAAGAGACAGACAACUGCAAAGCAAGAACAGAAGUCUCCACCAAUUACUGAAAAAUGAAAAGGAUGAAGUACAGAAGUUACAGAACAUAAUUUCAAGUAGAGCUACACAGUACAAUCAUGAUAUGAAGAGGAAAGAGAGAGAAUAUAACAAAUUAAAGGAACGCUUACAUCAGUUAGUCAUGAACAAAAAGGACAAAAAGAUAGCUAUGGAUGUUCUAAAUUAUGUUGGUAGAGCUGAUGGGAAGAGAGGCGCAUGGAGGACUGAUAAAACAGAAGCCAGAAAUGAAGAAGAAAUGUACAAAGCUCUGUUAAAUGAUUAUGAACAACGCCAAAAACAGCUCUUAAUGGAAAAUGCUGAGCUGAAAAAAGUUCUUCAGCAAAUGAAGAAAGAGAUUAUUUCACUUCUCCCACCACAGAAACAGAAACCUAAAGAAAGGUCUGAAGAUGGGCCGGUACUGUCAGACUUGGAGGAGGAUACUGGAGAAUUAAAUAAAGAGAAUAUGUGGGAACUGUCUUGUGAAACUGUGCGAGAGCAGCUUACCAACAGCAUUAGAAAACAAUGGAGAAUGUUGAAAAAUCAUGUUGAAAAGCUGGAUAACCAAGUCUCACGUGUACAUUCAGGGGCUUUGAAUGACAAAGAUGUAAUUUCAAGAGAAGACCAUGAACUCGAAACUGAAAAGCUAGAGUUAGAAAUUCAGCAAUGUAAGGAAAUGAUCAAAACUCAGCAACAACUCUUACAGCAGCAGCUUAUGUCUCCAUGUGAUGAUGAUACCACUCUGUUACUACAAGACUGUUAUUUGUUGGAAGAAAGAGAGCGUCUUCAGGAAGAAUGGAGACUAUUUCGGGAACAAAAAAAGAAUUUUGAGAAGGAACGAAGAAAUUUUACAGAAGCUGCUAUUAGAUUAGGACUUGAGAGAAAGGCUUUUGAAGAAGAUAGAGGAGCAUGGUUGAAACAACAGUUCUUAAGUAUGACUACUGAUUACAAGCACUCUGAAAACAUGACAACCGCAAGUGCCUUCUUAGGAAGUUCUGACCAAGACAAUCGGUUAAUGAACUCCACAUCUCAACAGAGAAAACCUCACUGUACGUUGAGCAUACCUAUUCCAGCAGAACCUUGCCAGACAUCUCAGUGUAUUUCACAUAACAGUUCCGAUGCUGCAUCAAAGAAACCUGCUGGAGACAAGAAGCCAAAUCAGUGGGAGGAAAGUGACAAAGAAGAAACUGAAUAAUGCACAAAGUCACAGGAAGACUUCCAGAGUUGGCACUCUUUGCUAUGUAGAAACUUGCACAUAGAACAACUGCCUUAGAUUUCCUAGGGUUGCCUGUUGUUUUUUGUUAGAAUAAGUAUAUGAACACAUCUCUAAAGUGAAAUGGAAUGCUGUGAGUUUGAUUAUCCUUUUAGAGGAUUAUGUGGUGAUCUGAAUUGUGUUGUGUGUGUGUGUGUGUGUGUGUAUGUAUGUAUGUAUGUGCGUGCACAUGGCUUUUAUUUUUUAGACCAUUUCUUGCCUCUUUUUCUUGCAGCUCUUGAAAGAUGUUUAUUUAAAAAUAUAUAAAAGCUUUGAUAUUUUUCUAGUAACAGAAACUCUGAUUCUGUGAAUGAAGCAAUGGUUUGAAACUUUAACUGUAAUGAAACACUCGAUCCUAGUGUUUCCUUUCAUCGCAGACAGAGAUAGCACUUUUAGAAAUUGUUUAAUUAUUGGAAACAUUCAUUUAUGUCUCAAGUGUAACUGGCAUCAAAAAUUCUUUUGCCUCAACUUGAAUGUACAGUAUACUGUAGAUUUUUAACAAAACAGGUUCUAUAUUUAUUAAGUUGCGUGAUUUGAAAAUACCUCUUUGAUAUUUCAGAUGACCUAAAGUGCAAGAUCUUUAUAUAUUUGUAAAUAGACAAAGUAAGUGAUUAUGCUAAGAUGCCAUGAAUGAAACACAUGCAUCCAUAAUAUUAUUUUACAUGGUAAUUUAAAUUGUUUUAUAGUGAUACUCAGUUUACAGAUGCACAUUAGGACUUCAGUGUUUCAGUCAGGAAACAAAUUAUUUCAAACAUAUCUGAACAAUAAAUGUGUAAAUCUAUUCUAAGAAACUCUG